AUGUCGAUUCAGCCCCGCACCUUUCCGACCGAUGGCUUCGUUACCCUCCCAAAACAUGAAAAGUUCGAGGAGGAGAGACUCAUUGGCUACAAAGCAGAAAAGUUCUAUCCCGUUCGACUGGGGGAGGUCUUUGAGGCGAGGUACCAGGUCGUCGCAAAGCUGGGCUUUGGCACCGCCUCCACUGUCUGGCUCUGCCGGGAUCUGCAUGAAAACGCCCUGGUCACUCUCAAGGUCUGCAUCAUCGGAGAGGAUGCUACACAAGAGUUAAUGAUUUCUCGCCAUAUCAAAUCCAUCGACACGGAUCACCCUGGUAAGGGCAAGCUGCGUGUAUCGCUGGACGACUUCCAUAUCAAAGGACCUUGUGGAUCUCAUCAAUGUCUGGUUUUCGAGACACUAGGCCCUACCUUAACCAGUCUGCGAGAUUUGUUUGAUGACAGGGCUCUCCCAAAGACACUUUUGCAGAAAUUCUUGUUCGUGAUUGUGACGGCCUUGGACUUCAUGCACCAGGCGGGGGUGGUACAUACAGAUCUAUCGCCCAACAACAUCCUUGUCGGCACCAACGCUAUCGCAGUAUCCAAGGUCGAGCAGGCCGAACAAGAUAGCCCGUCGCCGCGGAAGAUUCUAGCGGAUCGCACCAUCCAUCUUUCCUAUGACAUGCCAACGACCUACGAAGCGCCGGUUAUUACCGAUUUCGGCGCUGCUCGCUUGGGGGAACCGGAGCAGAAGUACUCUGGCGACGUCAUGCCAGGUGUUUAUCGAGCGCCUGAGAUUAUUGCUGGGACAGAAUGGGACUCGAAGAUCGACAUCUGGUCCGUUGGAGUCAUGAUUUGGAGCCUGUUCGAAAGCCGAAAUCUCUUCUAUGCCGUCAAGGACGGCCAUCUCAACGACGAGCUCCACUUUGCUGAAAUGGUCUCUCUCAUGGGACCUCCACCAAAGGAGUUUUUGCUUCGCUGCGAUCGAAGUCGUCAGUACUGGGAUUCGGAAGGUAACUGGAUUGCUGAGACACCGAUUCCCGACCAAACUCUUGAGACGCGUGAGACACGUCUGGAGGGCGAGGACAGAGCACUGCUCCUCGCUCUCGCUCGCAAGAUUUUUCGUUGGCUUCCGGAAGAGAGGCCGUCAGCACAGGAUCUCUACGAUGAUGAAUUCCUUACCCAGUUUGUGUCCAAGGACGAGCCAGGCACUUCUUAA